CUCAGUGCAACAUUGCAUUCCGUUGCGAUCGAAACUAAUAAACAGUAAAAGGCUUAAAUUAUUUAUUUAUUUUUCCUUAAUUAUAAUAAUGCUACGUUUGAUAUUAUUGACGGCGAUUAUUUUCAGUUUGGCGGUUGACAAUAUUCGUUGUGAAGAAAAUGAUAAUGACAAUGAUGAACCAUUUACUUGCACAGAUGGUACCAGUAUUGAAUAUAUGGAUCUAUGCAAUGGCAAAAAGGAUUGCAACGAUGGUUCUGAUGAAUUUUUGUAUAAUGAUAUCACGAAAAGUUAUUGUGGAAACCAGAGUUGCCCAAAUAAUUAUUUCAAGUGCAAUUAUGGUGCUUGCAUACCAAUAAGUUACAUGUGCAAUGACAGAUCCGAUUGUGCCGACGGAUCGGAUGAGUGGAAUUAUAAUUGCAAGGAACAUAAAGAAUAUCCUGACGAGUGGAAAGCGUGUGAGUCCGGCAAUUUCAUUGAAGCAAAUAAAUUUUGCGAUGGAAAAAUCGAUUGCCUUACUGCUGACGGCGAAGAAGAAAACAUUGAUAACAGCGAUGAAAGGCCUUUUCAGUGUCUUUUAAAGUCAUGUCCCAAAAACAAAAAAUUUCGUUGUGAUUAUGGAGGAUGCAUAAAGAAAUCUAAAAUUUGUAAUCACUUUAAAGAUUGCCAUGAUGGUUCGGAUGAGAAAGAUUGUGAAUACAAAGUAUACCCAAAAGAUACACCCAGAGCACAAAAAGAGGGCUGUGAAAUUAAAGCCAAUCAAAAUUACAAUAUAAGAAAUGAGAACCAGAACUCUAAUGUUUACACCGGAGCUGAUGACCGGGUUUCCGUCGACACACGCAUUUCUAUUAGAUGUAAAAAUAACUCCUUCUUCGGUAAAAAGUAUUCGACGAUUUACAGAAUAUGUACGAAAAAUGGUUGGGAUCAUCCUCUUCCAGAAUGCAUUAAAUAUUGCGAUGAGAGAAUUCUAUAUACCAGCAAAUCUACAAAGGUGCAGUGCAAAAGUGGCGAUCAGACUGUUGAUUGUAAAAAUAUAGUACCCGGUACGAUUGCAAAAGUAAGCUGUGCUGAUGGUUAUAAAAUACGGGAUACAAUAAGCGAUUCCGAGCAAUAUGCGAUGACCUGCACACCAGAGGCAAAAUGGGAUAAACACAAAAUCAACUGUCAGCCCGUUUGCGGUCAUCAAGUGAGUUCCUCUAUCCCAAGUGCAUCAGAUGCGCCAUGGCAUGUGGGUGUCAAAACAUAUAUAAACCAAACGUGCGGAGGUACUAUUGUGUCACCAAAAAGUGUGAUAACUGCCUUACAUUGUGUCGAAGAUGAAGAUGGUAUAACUCUGGACGCUAACAAAGUUUCCGUAAUAGUCGCUGGAGAUUUUAACAACGUGUCGGAUAUCAUCGUAGAAAGAGACAUCGAUGUUGCCCUAUUAAAGCUAAGCGAAAUACUUACUUUGAGUAUGAACAUAAUACCGAUUUGUUUUACUAACGCCGAAGCUAUUACAAAAUCCAAUCGAGCAUUUCUUCAUAGUUGGACGAAGAAUGAAAACAAAUUUGGCGAUGUAUUUAACAAAACCGAACUGCAAGUAUUGCCGAAUGCUGAUUGCAACGCGAAUUUGAAUCAGACCUAUAUGUGUGUGCGCCCAAAAUAUCAACUGCAUACAAAUGGCACACUAUGCGAAGGAGAUAGUGGAGCCGGAAUUAUUGUAGAAUAUUGGGGCGUAAACUAUAUAAUUGGUAUACUCAUUCAUAAACCCUCCCGCGUAAUCGGCUGCACAAACGAGCCUGUCGUUGGCACUGUAUUUAACCAAAUACCAGAGAAACUAAUUAAAAGCAUUCAAGAUGACAAUGAAAGCAAAUAUAUUUAUAUAUAGAAAUAAAAAAUGUAUGCGCAUAUGUAAUUGUAAGUGUAAUUAGUUUUAUAUAUGUAUAACAAUAACAUUAUAUAUUGCAAAGUAUGUGCAAUAUGGAAAAAUAUAAUCGUAAUACAACAUUCA